AUGAGCCUCACCACCCAGAGCCGGACGGAGAACUCCAGGCAACAGCUUCGGGCUGUGCAUUUGCAGCGAAAGUGCCCUGACAAGGCCAUAGAACCUCUCGAAAAAUUGUGCAUGUCGCUUGUGAUGGGGGUUGAACGAUAUCUUCGCAGCUUUGAUGCCGCUAUGGCGAUACCGAUGCUGCUUCGCAUGACGGAAAGGGAGACGUUUUCGAGCUACGGGGACGCCCUGACGCUGCUCUUUCGUGCGCUUGCUCUUAUCAUGGAGUAUGUUCCGAGCUCCCAUGAAAGUGUGCGGUCGUACCAUAAGCGGCUAAUGAAGUCAGUGUGCCAGGCCCUCUCCCAGACACUUUCGUCUAGGAUGAAGUACAGCAAUACCGAUAACGUGAUGCUCAUGGAGGAGUCCCUGCGACUCAUUCACUUCAUUACGAAAGAUGAGGGUAACAUUUCUGUCCUGCGCUUUGGGAUGAAGUAUAUUAUACGGAUAGCCGCCUCGGAAAAUACGUUAAUGGCGCGUCAGGCCUUUGCUGUGCUUCUCACCAUCUGCUCCAAGAUUACCUUGCCCUCGGAUGCGGCAAAGCCAUCACUUUUUCGACUGCCGUUUUUGUUCAUUGGUAAUGAUAAGAGUGGCAUGUAUAGAGGUUGCGGCUUCGACUUGUUGGAGUCAGAAGAAACGCUACGGGUGACUACCGUGGAGACUGUCCUUAUCCCUUUUUUGCACUCAGCACUUCAGCAGUAUGCAGCGAAUCUUGAGAGCUUUUCAGAUGCGUGGUCGUUUUUGGAGCAGACUUUACAGUGUCUAAGCAUGCUGAUGCGCCGGUCUAUGUUGUGUCAUCGCCCCUCCACUACCCGAAAAAUUGUCACACGUGAAAUGUGCUGCACGGUCUUUCAACUGCUUCUCUCUAACGACACAAAUGUGGCGCUCGAGCAGGCUGUUCGCUCUGACCGACUGUUGCUCUGCGAAACUGUGUUGGGUGACGCCAUUGCGGCAGAUUCACUCGUGACAGCAGAGUCCCUUCUCUGUGAGGAGGCUGUGGCCUACUACAAACUUCUACUAGAGGAGCAAGAUAGUGGCCUCAUUACGCAGCUGGAUGACCCCUUUCCGAUAGGCAGCAUGGCGUCCCGAAACACCCAACGACGUGACAGGAACAACAUUGUCUCCAUCGCCGCCAUUCGCCUCUUUGUUCUUGCCUGUCCGUGUGUCUUAAGCGAGGCGUUUGGCCCCAAGCCCAAGGUUCUACUGCCAGUCCACCAGUGGUACUGGGAGGAUGAGAUACGGCACAGUAACGCCAUCACUGAGGAGGCCUGUGUGACGCUGGAAACGGGAUUUGAUCGUUUAUGUAAGGAGGUUUCCCUUCGACUGCAUAUGAAGGCGGUAACAGCGAAUUUUCAGACAAUGAAGUUGUCGAGUGGCUUUGGUAGUUUGGAUCGUAAUAUUUUACGCAAAAUAGUCCCAUUUGUGUUUCACUUUGUGAAUGAGACGGAUGUUCGUAUAGUCAAAGCGGCAAAGGAGGCCAUGCUAGCCUGCAACCCUGCGCCUAUCUGUAGGCGGGAGGCGAAAUCCAUUGCUGCCAUGGAGACCGUGGCGGCCAUACAAGGUUUGGACAAACUUUUUAUAUUGAACAAAACUGCCGUUACACCGGCAAUAUAUAUGUGCAUUGCGGAGGUUUUCCUUGAGGAUUUGUGCGGUCUCGUGCUUUCAGUCUCUGGGCAGAUGGCUAUGCAGUUAGGAACCUCAGCGUGUGCGUCGUUGCUUCAGGCUGCCAUUUGCACUGGCGAAGAUCAGCGACUGGAGAGUCUGUUGUGUAGAAUUAUUCGUCCCUUCUGUGAGAUGUUGCGUGAGGCCUUGGUGUCGGGGGACAAAGCCACUAAGUCCGUAUCCCUCACAAUGAUGGUGUGGCUGCUGUGUCAUCCGCGAGCAUCGACGUGGAAGUUUAGCGAGACAGCGUUGCGGUGCGGCGUGGUGAAUCAAUUGGAAAUUAUGUUGCUCUCGUCGGCUACCAGGGAAGUCACCACGAAGGCGAAGGGACUUAGUACCCUUUUCAAAAAGAAAAAUAUGGUGAAACCAACACGCACCGCAUACCUGGCGGCAUCUGCGUUGACAAUUCACCGGGCGAUCAAGAAGCAGCUGUUAAGGCCACAAUCCCCACAAGCAGGGAACGGUCUCAGCACGACGGAUGUAACGUUGGUGGAAACAGUAGUGAAUGACCUAAAGGUCUGCGCCGCCGUCCCGGGGCUGCACCAAAACGUGGUGGCACAUACAUUUGAGGUCAUGGAAAAGUCAGUGAGCAACAUGACAGUGUAUGAGAUGUCUACGUUGGGUAUCGCCGACGCCGUGCUCAACUACCUGCUUGGCGAAAACUACAACGAUUACUGUAGCGGUGCUAUCGACAUCUCAGCGGGUGUGACACCGUCGGCAGCACAGAAGGAACUGUUUGCUAGAGUCGUUGAACUGGGGUCUGAAGAAAGAGAUGAUCUACUACUGGCUUUUGGCGGCCAGCGUACCGCCAAAGGCCUUCAUCAGAAAUGUCAAAAAGAGCGUCUGCAGUGCUUUCUGGAAUGUGCGAUGCAGCGACCACGUGGGGUGAAGGCGUUGAUUGAGAAUCUGGUCUCCACAAUCCCUCUGCGAUUUACAUUACCGCUUGUGGAAUCACUCUUGGGCGCCUUUCGGGUCUCGUGUCGAUCGCCUGUUAAGGCUGUAUUUGCGGCCAGCCAAAUAUCACCCAUUGUUAGUCUUUGCUGUAAGCCUGGGGUGGCAUCAGAUGCUGUCCGGCGAAACAACCCUGAGAAAAAAGACUGCAGGAGUACGAGCCAGCACAACAUGUCAUCUGCAUUUUCAGCAGUAUUGCAGUCUGAAUUAACUUUUCCCUCUGAAGCUGAGGAGGAGGCAGUUCACCCCCGUGAGAACUGCCCUCGUGGGCAUCGUUUGCACGUCGUAGUGGGAUCACAAUCUUUGUGUUUCUGUGAUAUCUGUGAGGAAGAGCUACACAACGGCUUGUGUUGCCAGCGCUGUGCUUUCCACAUAUGUAAGGACUGCUACACGGAUCCCAAAGUACAGUACGAGGGUGGCAUUCCUGGUGUGGGUUCCAGGCCAAGUGGUGGCCUCAUCUCGCGACCUGCAGGGCGUUUACAGCAUCAACGACAACACCGGGAACAGCUGGAACGAGAACGUGAAGGAGUGUUAGGGCCGUCUCCUCGUGCUCAUUUAUUUGCUAGCAUUGGCGACAUUGAGCGACACUUCCGCACGGGAUCAUCCUUAACGCGGAACACGGAUGUGGCACCUGCUCCACAGUCAGUGUUGCAGAAUAUUGAUUUUUUUGUACGACGUGCCAAGACUUUUCUUGCUCGUAAACCGAUUCGCUACAGCGAAAAAGCUCUUCGUCAGGCAGUGUGUCGCAUUCUAAACUCCUUCUCGUUACACGGUCCUAUUAUUGACUUUGAUGAAGCUGCACAUAACGAUGCGGAGAGCCUGACGUUAAGCUCAAAGGAGCUCCAGGAGCUAACAGGGGUCUUGCAAGACGCGAUGGAGGAGCGGUAUGUGCUCUACACCGCACCUGGUGGUCGUUGCGCCUACCAGGAAACACUUAUAGGGAAUUUUCUUCAGCGUGCUCUUCAUGAGGGAAGUUUGGGAGUUGUGGAACAGCUGGAAACCUGCUUGCUCAACAUCGAGGGUUACGGUGAACCUUCUACCAUUCUUGCAGACUUGUGCCAGGGUGAACUUCUGCUACUGAGACGCGACGAAGCUGGCAUGCAGUCGCCGUUGUCAGAUAUGCCAACUAAGGCAAGCAAUGCGCAAACGUAUACCUUUCACCAUUUUGAAACGGACGAGGACACGCGUUGCGUAUGUGGGACGAUGUCAAGAAAAGAGCUUAACUCCACGUAUAUACCAAAACUCAUGCGCAAGCCCUCGCGGCUCUCCCGAAACGCAGAUACACUUUUGCUUAUCUUGCUGCAAAAGUUACUACACCCGCUGAUUAAGCAGGGUAUUAUGGACAUUGAUGCUGGUGUCUUUGUGAGUGCCCCUUUCACAACUCUCGUCGUAAAGGCGUUGGCGGCGUCGGCACUCCGUGUGGCUCUUCUGCCCCCUAGGCUUGCGGUUCCUAGGUGGACAGACUUUGUUAUCACAGAGGCGAGCUUUCUUUUGCCGUUAAAUGUCCGUGAACGCAUUGCCCGCUUUUUUGCCUACGAUGCUCGCCGGGCACUACAUAACUAUUUAAGGUCAUUACCCACAAGUCGCUCCAAUCGGUUUAUCAGUAUUUACCCAGCGGAAUGGGGGCGGUGGGCAAAUCAUAAAUUUCGUGUGAACCGUGCUUCACUGCUGCAUGAUGCGUACAAGGUGCUCCGCAAAAGUGCAGACUCCAGGCUACCGAUAUCUAUCGAAUUUGAGGGGGAUGUUGGGGUUGGGCAGGGUCCCACGGCACACUUCUACACCUUAAUUGCUGAGGAGGUCAAAAAAGCAAAUCUAAAUCUUUGGCGCAAUGGGACGUCUCCCGCACAACGCAAAGGCAAAUACAAUAACGUAGACGCGAAUAGCAGCGAUGCAAAGGUGGAACCUCCGGCAGAAGGAUUGUAUCCAGUUGUGCUUGACGCGAAGGAUCAGGGUUGCCUGUGCCCUCUCGCUCCGCAGCACUUGCCACGAGGAGUGAAAGAGCUGACAGAACAUUUCUUCUCCCUUGUUGACUAUGCGGAGUUUGAGCGCGAGCGAACUAGGUGCUAUUAUCUUAUCGGAGCUGCUCUUGGCCGUGCUUUUACAGACGAAAUGGUUUUUCCUCUGGAUUUAAGUCCUGCCCUCGCCAUUUUUAUGAAACGAGAUACCCCAUUCCCACGCAUCCUUUUCACCGCCGACACUACGGUUGACGAGGGAAUAGAGCGGCCCAUUGAUUUCAUGGAUCUUUCUCUUGAUGAUGUGGAGCUGAUGGAUCGCUCCAUCGCGGCCAGCGUGCGAUCGCUGCUCACACUCAACCCCGCCACCUUGGAGUCGCUCUCGAUACCCUUCACACUUCCCGGCCACGACAACUUUGAGAUGGUGCCUGGAGGCGCAGGGAAGUUUCUGACGAAUAAGAAUUGUGCUCAGUACAUUCGUCGGGUUUGUAGUGCGUUAUUGUAUGAAGCUGCGGUGUUGCCCAUUCGUUUCCUUGUGCGCGGGUUUCGCGACAUUGUUCCGUGUGAGUCACUCGCCCCGCUUGAUGUCCAGGAGACGAUGAGCCUAUUGUGCGGGUGUGCAGUAAGCGACACCAAGCCGCUGUGGACCCUUGCGGAAAUCAAAUCCAUCCUUGUUGCCGAUCACGGCUACCAAAACGACUCUCCGCAGAUGACAAUGUUGCAGAACAUCCUGGCAAACCGACUGACGCCGGUGGAGCAGCGUAGUUUCCUCCUCUUCUGCACGGGCUGUCCACGCUUACCGGUCGGCGGUGUCGGAGCCCUUGGGGCCAUCACGGUAGUCAGACGCUCAGACUUGACGGUGCUUCAUGAUUCAUACAGUCUAGGGGACGGCGACAGUCACGCCGCCAGUGGAACGGGGGGAGAGAAACGAAGCACCACGCCAGAGAGUGGGCAGGGCUUUUUGCUAAUUCAGGGAGACUGGCCGCUGCCAUCCGUCAACACAUGCUUUCGCUACCUGAAGCUUCCCCCUUACCCCACAGAGGAGCUUAUGUACAACAAGUUACGACUGAGCAUCACACAAGGGGGAGAGACAUUUCAGCUGUCCUGA